AUGCCUCAAAUCUAUCUUGUAUUAUUCCAGGUCGCUGAUUUCGUCCUGGGGACAGACCAUGGCUUCUCAAAGAGGGCUAUUAUGUUGCUUUUCUUCGCACCCCAAUUGUGUGUGAACUUGAUUAGAAAUAUUCGCAUGAUCACUUAUUUGUCGGCUUGUGGUAAUGUGAUCAUAUUUCUAGCGAUUGCUUUGGUUACCAAGGAACUCAUAUUCCACGAAAAGUAUUCACAUCUCUCUUUACCGGCAGUGACAGACUUCAGCGGAGUGACGAUCGCAGCUGGUGGUUUGAUGUACGCUUUCGAAGGACAGGCUAUGGUGCUUGCGUUGGAGAAUCGGCUAAAAACGCCUUCGGACAUGGUUGGACUUGCGGGGGUCCUCAGCACAUCUAUGAACGUUGUGAUGCUGAUCUAUGCUUUUCUUGGUUUCUUUGGUUAUCUGACAUUCGGACCAUCGGUCGCUGGCAGUCUCACUCUCAACCUACCAAACUCAAGGCUGAUGGUGACAGUGAAACUCCUACUGGUGGCGAAAAUCUUUCUUGGCUCGGCUCUUCAGCUCUACGUUAUCAUAUCAAUCCUCUCGCCAUCUCUUUCGGCACGAUUUUUCAAAGCCGCUCCACGACAGGCCAUUAUCAGCGAAUAUAUUCUCCGUGUGGUGCUCACAAUUUUCUCGUUGGCCGUUGCUGUCUGUGUCCCGAAUCUGUACGAUAUCAUUCCGUUGGUAGGAAUCACUGCAGGAAUGCUCCUUUCACUUAUACUGCCUGCCGUUCUUCACACUCUCAUGUUUCUGCCAAUAGUUUUUUCGAAGGAAAGACGCAUUCUCAGAGCGAUGUUCUUUGGUCAUCGAAAAUACGACGUUGUUCGGCUUGGGAUGGACGUUCCUUGCAACUGGAUUAUAUUCGAGUAUAAAAUCCAUUGUUUCAAAACAUUAAAAUAA